UCGCAGCCAGAGAUAGCGGUGUUUCCUUUACUUUUGAGUGAUGAGCCGCGGUCUCUCCCGCGUCCACAACAAGUCCAACCGUAGCACAACAGCUGGAAAGCCUGCCGGACACCUGAGCGGGCCCUUGAAUGGCCCACGAAUGCUUCAGUUAAGCCCUUCCUCGGCCCCCGAACGACCGUCAGCCUCAGGCUAGCGGCGAAAGUCGAAUACCCGUUCUGCGCUCCUCGGGCCUGCGGCCAGCCAUGCUGCCGGGCCAGUGGCCGUCCGGUGGUGGCCGCCGGCCGCUGGACUCGGAAUGCGUGGGCCAGCGCGUGUGCGUCGGCGGAGAGGUGGUCGGCGUGCUGCGUUUUUUCGGCGGCACGGCCUUCGACACGAGCGGCAGCACGUGGUGCGGCGUCGAGCUGGACACGCCGGACGGACUCAACGACGGCUGCGUCCACGGCGUCCGAUACUUCUCGUGCAAGCCCAAACACGGAAUCCUCGCGCCUGAAUCAAAGGUGCAGCUGGCGUCGGAGGCAGCCGGUCAGCAAAAGGCCUCCAAGAAGCGUCUGUCCACGGACAGUCUCAAACAGCCGAAUCAGCAGGGAUACUCGAGCAGCAGCGAAAGCAGCACCAGCCCCAGUGGAUGUUCCCAAGAAGAGGCCACCCCACCCAUUCAUCUCAUGCCGAAAGACCGUCACGGCCAGUCAUCAGUGACAACAACGUCUCCCAUACCUUGCACCAGCAGCUCUUGGAAGAGCAAAGACACUUGCAGACAGAACUCAGACGAAGCAACUCCUCCGAAGGUGGCGUGCACCUCGAUGGCACCCGCUCACGAGACGGCGAUAAGUCCGACGGACAGCGAAAGUCGCGGCUCCCUUGCGUGCUCCUCCGGCAGCUUGAUGUUGCCCCUGAAUUGCUCGCCGCCCUCGUUCGUGCACGGCCUCAGCAAAUGCAAUUCGUACGAUUUCGACGACUCGCUCGGAAUCCUCACGCCGGACCAGAUGAACUCGGACUUUACGGCUACCUGUCCGGGCAGCGACGAGGACGAGCUCGAAGAGGCGGCCAAGCACGGGGGCAUUUUGCUGCUCGAGUCGCCGCCGCCGAAAGCACUCGAGUUCAUGGAACCCAUAGCGGAAAAGGAGCCGCUCAGCACUUCGGAACCAAAGGAUCCGGGCGCCGUUUCGGCUGAAAACUCAACUUCCGACUUUGUCAGCAAAGGCGACGAGUCAAUGUCGCAAAGUCAAUGCACCAUCAGCGCGACGUGCCCAGUGCCUAACCCUGGCUGCAGCUUUGUCACAAGCAUUUCCAGCAUCACCAGUCUCGACAAUGGGUACCAGGGUGAUGGAGAACUGAGCCGCCCUACCAGUGUGGCAGAGACGUCGUCAUCCAUGGCUGCCCCUGCAGCUCCACCACCUGGCCAGCAAGCGAUCGAUGUGCACAAAAUUAAGCCUCUCAAUUUGCAGUUUGAUACGAUGACCGACUCGGACUUCUUCAGCGACCCUGGAGCAAUGGGCCCUGAAAGUGACAACGAAGCCGAAGCAGGCAUGGCUAUUGGAGACCGCAAGGCUCGGGUCAUAGACGGCACCCUGUACAGCACCUCCCCAGCCAACAGUGUGGCUCAGCCACCGGCUCCCCACCUGAUGACCUCUUCGGCGGCCACCAUCGAAGACAUGGAGUCGAGCGGCGUCUUUUCCGACGCAGAGCCGCCAAAACGACCAGAGCCACUUUCAGCGGCCGAACCCUGCAUAGAAGAGUUGCCUGGUGAGGUCGAGAUGGUGGUGGAGGAGGAGGAGAAGAAUGAUUUGCCGGAAAAGGUCGAGGUCAGCGAGGAGACUCCAAAGGUCUCAAAUGAAACUGGAACUCCUGGAAAUAAAGCACAAGCCAAGAAAAUGAAAAUGCCAAAUAGAAAUGUUACGUCUAAAGUAAAAAGCUUGAUAAGCAAUUCAGCGCCAGUGGCUGAGUCGAUAGAAAACCAGGAGAACCGCCGGCAAAUGAAGAGCAAAGGCUUGGGCAAGUGGGACGCUGUGAUGAAUAAAAUCGCCAAGAGCCAAGCUGAGGAAAAGGCAAAACCAAAGGUCAAGGAGGUGAAAAGCAGAGUGUUUGCCAAUCUCUCCUUGCAGCCAUCUUCCCAAAUUGAUGCCAAAACCAACAAUAAUAACAACAACAAUAGAGGCGCUUCUCCCUUUAGAACUGGUGGAAAUGUACCUUCGAGGCCAAACAGCGCCAGGGCGAGGAGGGAGAACCUUUCAACACCGAAACCUAACAAAGCAAAACGCAGCAAGUUGCGCGGCGCGGAGUCUUCGUCGUCUCUGCAGGCCGUCGUGAAAGACGACGCCAAAAUCGGCUCGUCGAUUAACAGUUCCUUGAGCGACGUGAGUCGGGCCUCCAAUCUGUACAAGAUCGCCACUGAUCAAGGUCCAAACAAUAGCACCAAGAAAGGCGCUGCCAAGGCGAAACCAACAACAAACAACGCCCGAAAUCUAAAACAAACCCCGACCAAACCCAAACUAACCCCCUCUAAGGACCAAAACCGAAACGUGCAUCCCCUGAGCAAGGAGCCGUCGACGCCGGCGAAAAAAGUGGCUCCGGCGCCGCCUCCGGUGAUUGUGCCGCCGCCGCCGCACUUGCUCCACGAGCUGAGCCACGCCUCGGCAGGGUGUGAGGCGAUGGCAGUGCUUGUGCAGUACCUGGUGCACUCGGUUGGCGCGUUCUCCGUCACUUCCUUAAAGGCUGAGCUCGGGCGUUUGAAAAAGGAGUGGGCGCUCACCAAAAGUGACCUCGCCGAGUCCAAAGUCACGAUUGAGAGACUGCAGCAAUCACUGAGUGAUGAAGUUAGAGCGCACGAAAUGCACCUCGAGACUCGGGAGGCGGAGUUUCAAGAAAGACUGGCUCAAAUCGAAGCAAAUCACCAAAAAGCACUGGCAGCCGCCACCUCACAGUACGAACAAAAGGUCAAAGAGAUUGAGACUUUGAGACUGGAAGCUGCAGAGAACCUGAAGCAGACGGAGCACGAUUGGCUGAGUGAGCGAAACCAAAUGGUGGCCGAUGUGAGGGCAGAGGCCGAGAAGAGGCUGCAGGAGGGCAUGGAAAGAGAGGCAGAUCUCAACCAACAGGUGGUGAAAAUGACCGCCCAGCUGGCUGAUUCCACCCGGGACAGCCGGAUGUUCCUUGAGCUGAUGCACAAAGACAAAGAUACUUUGAUGCAGGCGUCUGCUGAUAGAUGUCUGACUUUGGAAAAAGAAGUAGACAGCUUGAGGGUGGUUCUUGAUAUGAGGCACGCCGAGCUGCAGUCCCUGAGAAAAGUGGCUGCAGAAGCCUCGGAAAAGGCAGACCUGUUGAUGGCCUCCGAAAUCCAACUUGCUUCUCUCAAGUCUAAGGUCGAAGACUUGCAGUCGCAGUUGCACUCCAAGAGCACAAUUGAAAUGUCCUUGAAAGAAGAAAACAAAUCUCUUGCCAAAUCUUAUUAUGUCGAGCUACAGAAUAACAGACGAUUGUCUCAAUUGCAAGAAGAACUGCAGUGGAGGAUUAAGCAGAGUUCUGAAGUAAUUAGUAGGCUUUCUUCGUCGUGCGGAGGCUCACCCUCCAUGAGCGCAUCAUUCAAGAACUGUGCUAGUCCUGUUCCUAGUGGUUUUUCUGAUGAUUCGAGCGAUUCUUGCAGGACUUCACAUGGCCUGGAAGAUUCUCCCCGAAUAAAAAUCAUGGCUCGUAAAAGCGACUCGGUGGCUUACUUGCUGGACAUGAGCGCCGACUACCUAGAGUACAAAAUGUCUCGCAGCCAAAACGAGUCACCCCGACCUUCCUGCAGCAUAAAUUACCCAACCAAAAAAUCUGCCUCCUCAUCCGGUAUCCCCAGCCGCAAACCGGUAGCCCGGAAGGGUGUCACUGCAGCAACAACCUCAACACCGAGGAAACCAGCGCGAAACCGAUCGAGGUCAGCGUCGUCCGACUCUGAGAGUUUUGAGGUCAGCGACGAAGAGCAACUCCGUCAGGCUGGACAAAAGGUGGACAGGACGUCGUCGUCCACCAUGUCCGCCUCCUUUGAGUUUUCCUUCAGUCUGCAGCCACAAGAGGCGGCUGGCGAAGCCAUGGUGUCCGAAGACGACGGCCGAAACCAAAUUGCUGGAAGCAGCAGCGUCAGCUCCUCCGAAAACAUUACUAUUGGGGAUUUGGAAGAGGAGCUGUCGGCGAAGCGGCUUCUCGAAGAAGUCCAGGACAGUUUUGGUGAGGAGAGUGGCUGGAUGGAGGAAAUGAAGAGCGGUGAGAAGAGCUAGUGCUUUUUGCCCUUGUUAGUCUAAUUCAAGAACCAUAUUCUGUGCAAGAAGUGAUCCGAGAGCUAAUUUAAUGAGAGCAGAAUAAUAAUUAUUCUAUUCAAGCGUUGUGUAUUGAUUAUGUAUCUAGUCAUGAAUUGCAUUGAUUAUAAAUCCCAAAUAAACAGCACACAUAUUACCAGA